AUGGUUGUCGACUAUCUCAACAAUUUAUGGAAAAAACGUGGAUCUCCAAACACAUUUAAACCGCCUCAAAAACCAUUUACAGUACACAAUGUGGACCCUGAUUAUAUACGUGAAGGCUGCAGCAUUCCAAUCACGCUCACAUUCCAGGACUUGACGGGCAAGAGUGUGCUCCUGCUACCGUUGGGUGCUGCUGAUGAUAUGGCUCACUCACAAAACGAAAAGAUCAACAAAGUUAACUAUCUACAAGGUGUAAAGACUCUUCUCGCUUACUUGCUUGAACUGGGCAAAGAGUAA